AUGAGUGAUCUGAAACAGAUGAAGGAUGAACCACCUGAUGGUGUGAGUGCAAGUCCAAUCGAUAGUCGUAAUCUAAUGCAUUGGACUGCGACUAUUGUUGGUCCAGAGGACUCUGCAUUCGAAGGUGGUAUAUUCAACUUAUCAAUGCUAUUCAGUGAUAUGUACCCAAAUGUACCUCCAAAGGUGCACUUCACAACAGAUAUAUUCCAUCCAAAUGUAUAUACUGAUGGUUCAAUAUGUUUAGAUAUCCUGGCGAACAAAUGGUCACCAGUCUACUCUGUCUGUUCAUUAUUAACUUCAAUACAGUCGUUGUUGGCGGAUGAGAAUCCCAAUUCACCAGCCAAUCCAGAGGCUGCAAAGUUAUAUGUUAGUGAUCGAAAGGCUUAUAGAAGGAGAGUCCGAUAUUGGAUGGAGUAA